GUUAAAAGUACUGCGUAUGUUGUCGUGACAAGCCGGUGGCAGGGGUGGGGUGGGGGGCCCCAUAAUGGUCUCUUGUCCCCGGGCCCCUGCAAGUCUUUUGACAGCCUGUUGCAUGCCCUGACUGUAGUACUUGUGCAUUUGAAGUGGCGAAGUGAACUCUAAUAACUCACAAUUUGAUGCAGUCAAGUUAACUUUGUUUGGUGAGCUGAAACUUCUUGAAAACUUAAUGAUUCUGUCAUUUCAGUUCAACAUGGCUUUACUCAGAUCCAGGCCGCUUGCUCAAAGAGCAUUCAGAUGCAGCCUGGCUCUAAAAUCAUGGCUAUCAACACACACCUCCACUGCUGGCUAUCUCAAAGGGAAGAACAUUCUAAUCAUGGGUGCACCUGGAGCCGGGAAGACCACCGUGGGCCGGAUCGUAGCCCACAAACUGGGUCUUCCGGCCGUUGAUGUGGACGACGACGUUUUGGAGACCACGUGGAAGAUGCCCGUCGCCGCUAAGCUAGCUGCCGUUGGCGGUGAGCGUUUUCUCCAAGAGGAAGGCCAGGUUUUGUGUAACUUCUCGGCUUCCGGAUGCGUGGUUUCCUUGACAGGCUCCAACCCGCUUCACCCCGAGGCCAUGCGGCACGUCAAACAAAGCGGCACUGUGGUCUAUCUUGACGUGGACGGUGGUGACAUUCUGCAGAGGCUCCACAGGAUGAAGGUGGACAGGAUUGUUGGACAAGAGGCGGGGCAGUCAUUUUCAGACAUCUUAAAGUACAGGAAGCAGUUUUAUGAGCAGUGGUUGGACAUUCGCGUGCUGUGCGGUCGAGGGGACACGCCGGAGGAAAUGGCCGAGAAGGUUCUACAGGCUGUGGAGAGAUUUUACAAUCUCACCGCAGAGACCUUCGUGUCCACCAGAGCUGACGGAGAAGAACGGAAAACGUAUUUCAGUGACGUGGUGGUGGAGGGUCUUGCUCCAGAUGGCGGUCUUUACGUACCAAAGAACGGGUUCUCAAAGAUAGCUCCACGCGAAUGGCUGAGGCUAGUUGAUAUGUCUUAUCCAGAGCGAGCGUUGGUGUUACUGGAGAAGUGCAUCCACCCGUUGGAAGUAUCUGCUGUGGAUUUGAGAGAAAUGGUCUCCAAGGCGUACGGCUCCAGUUUUUCUAACGAGGAUGUUGUGCCUGUCAAACGCCUGAUGGACGAUAUGUACAUUCAAGAGCUGUUUCACGGUCCCACCGCGUCCUUCAAAGAUCUAGCCUUGCAGUUGAUGCCCCAACUCUUCGCCUACUGCUUGCCACCCAUGUGCAACUACUUGAUCCUGGUCGCCACCUCCGGAGACACGGGCAGCGCCGUUCUCAGCGGCUUCGGCCGUCUACGAGACGAAGAUAGACGAAAGACGGCCGUGCUGGUCUUCUUCCCGGAGGACGGCGUCAGUCGCAUCCAGAAACUGCAGAUGACCAGCUUGAGCAGGAGCCACGCCAAGGCCGUUAGCGUACGCUCCGACUUUGACUUCUGCCAGAGGAGCAUCAAGAGGAUGUUCGGCGAGGCGGGACUGACGGGACACCUCGCGGUGGAGUUCGGCACUGUUCUAAGCACCGCUAAUUCCAUCAAUUGGGCGCGUUUACUACCACAGGUGGUUUACCACUCCGCCACCUAUCUCAACCUGUGCCGUAGUGGCGCGAUCCAGUUCGGAGAUCCCGUGGACCUCUGCAUCCCGACCGGUAACUUUGGCAACGCCAUGUCCGCCGUCUACGCUAAGCAAAUGGGCGUCCCUAUCCGGAAAGUCAUCUGCGCGUCCAACUGCAACCGGGCCGUGUCGGACUUUAUCAACACGGGCGAGUACGACCUCCGUGAACGUCGACUGAUGCCCAGCUGCUCCCCGGCCAUCGACAUCUUGAAAUCUUCCAACCUGGAGAGGUUCGUUCAUCACGUUUCGGGCGGUGACGGCGCCCUCGUCAAGGACAUGUUUUCGAGUUUAGAUGCGCGGCGGCGCUUUACUCUCCCGGAUUCACUGCUUGGCAGGAUGCGACGUGACGUCCGGGCCGGCUGGUGCUCGGAACAAGACUGUCUGGCCGCCAUAUACCACGUUCAUGCUCGAUCCGGAUACAUCUUGGACACGCACGCGGCCGUAGCUAAAGUCGUAGCGGACAGGCAGCGGGAUCGCACUUGCCCCGUGGUCAUUAGCGCCACUGCUCAUUACGGUAAAUUUGCGCCUGCCGUGUUUGAAGCUUUACGAGUGGAGAACAUUCCGGACAAUCCUUUGGAACAGCUGAAAAGGCUGGAUUUUGCUGCAUCCAAACCGGAAAAGCACCAGAAACUGAUGGAGUGCCUGAAAAACAGAAAUGGACGAGAACAUGCAGUCUGUGAAGCUGAUUACAGUGUUUUGGUAGAACAUGUGGAGGCCAUGAUAGAGGAAUCCUUCCUUAAAGUCAUGGAGACAUGACCAGAACCACUGAAGUUGUACCUGUACAGUAGGGCUGGCACAAAGGAAUAUUGUGAUAGUUGACUAAUUGCCAAAUAUUUUCAUUUUUGAUUAUGCUGACUCACGUACACUGCUGACCAAAAGUAUUGUUCCCCCCGCAAUUCUGUCACAUAAUGCCCAAUUUCCCCCAGAAAAUGAUUGCAAUUACAAAUGCUUUGGUCAUAAUAUCUUCAUUUAUUUUGCUCACAAUGAUAAAACACGAAGGAAAAUGGGGGGAAAAAAAAAAAAUCAUGAUCAUUUUAUUGUAGGGCUACAGCUAUCGAUUAUUUGAGUAGUCGAUUAAUCGAUGAACCAGUUUGUCGAAUAAUCGAGUAAUCGAAUAAGAAACAUGAAAAAUUAAAAUACCUGAGCUGAGACUCAAACGGUAUAAAAAAUAAUUAAAUAAGGAUCUAUGUUUAACAAAAGAACAAUUGGCUAACUUACAUAGCAAAAGUCCGCUAGCUUAAACGCUAUAAAACGCUAACUUUUUUUUUUUUUUUUUUUAACAAUGCUCUUAACAAAUGGUUCAGACACAUAUUUCCACAAAAACAGCUAAAUAUACUGAUAAACUAAAUUAUGAAUGCAUUUAAAAAAAACAUUAACUCAAACAAAAACUUAGCUUAUGUUGGUCUUAACAUGGAGCAGCUGGAUUCACCAAUGUAAAAUGAGGCAGACUAGAGGGCAGUGUAUCCACUCAAAUCAAUAAAACUGAAUGCAAACACUUUCAAAAUAAACCAUUACAACGCCACAAUAAUCAAACGAAUACUCGAAUCAACAAAAUUUAGAAUUUUUUUUCCCCAAUUGAAUACUCGAGUUAAUCGAUUAAUCGUUGCAGCACUAUUUUACUCAAAACUCCAAAAAUGAGCCGGGCAAAAGUAUUGGCACCCUCAGCCUAAUACUUGGUAGCACAACCUUCAGACAAAAUAACUGCGAACAACCGCUUCCGGUAUCCAUCAAUGAGUUUCUUACAAUGCUCUGCUGGAAUUACAAAUUGGACCUCCUGCUGCUAAUACCCACCAUCAGUCCUGCUGCAUCUAUAGCCUGUCCGUCCUGGGAGUGGAUCUCUCCUGACUGUGGUUCUCCCCAAGGUUUCUCAUUUUUCCCAAAGGGUUUUUGGAGUUUUUUCCUUCCCGACGUGGAGGGUCUAAGGAUGGGGGUUGCCCAGGACUUGAACUUUAUUCAUUCAUCUACUGUUUCUGACUGUGUAUCAUAUUGCCUCUGCAAAGCCUUUUGAGACAACCUUGUUGUUAUAUAGGGCUAUACAAAUAAAAUUGAAUUGAAUUGGAAUUUUAGACCAUUCUUCUUUGGCCAACUGCUCCAGGUCUCUGAGAUUUGAAGGGUACCAUUUUCAGAUCUCUCCACAGGUGUUCUAUGGGAUUCAGGUCUGGCCACUUUAGAAGUCUCCAGUGCUUUCUCUCAGACCAUUUCUAGUGCUUUUGAAGUGUGUUUUGGGUCAUUGUCCUGCUGGAAGAACCAUGACCUCUAAGGGAGACCCAGCUUUGUCACACUGGGCCCUACGUUAUGCUGCAAAAUCUGUUAGUAGUCUUCAUAAUGCCAUGCACACGGUCAAGCAUUCCAGUGCCAGAGGUAGCAAAGCAACCCCAAAACAUCAGGGAACCUCCGCCAUGUUUGACUGUGAGGACCGUGUUCUUUUCUUUGAAGGCCUCGUUUUUUGUUUUUUUUUUUUGGUUUGUUUUGGCAAAUCCAGCCUGGCUUUUUUAUGUCGCUGGGUCAGAAGUGGGGUCUUCCUUGUUAUCCCACCAUAGGUUGAUACUGUCGUCCCCUCGUACUACGAGACAGCUUGAACUUGUUUGGAUGUUAGUCGAGGUUCUUUAUCCAUAAUCUGCACAAUCUUUCGUUGAAAUCUCUAGUCAAUUUUUCUUUUCUGUCAACAUCUAGGGAGGUUAGCCACAGUGCCGUGGGCUUUACAAUUAUUGAUGACAGUGCGAACAGUAGACACAGGAACAUUCAGGUCUUUGGAGAUUUGCCCAUGCUUCCUCACAAUUUUGCUUCUCAAGUCCUCAGACAGUUCUUUGGUCUUCUUUCCUUUCUCCAUGCUCAAUGUGGUACACACAAGAACACAGCACAAAGGUUGAGUCAACUUUAAUCCAUUUUAACUGGCUGCAAGUGUGAGUUAGUUCUUGCCACCACCUGUUACGUGCCACAGGUAAGUAACAGGUGCUGUCAAUUACACAAAUUAGAGAAGCAGCACAUGAUUUUUCAAAUGGUGCCAAUACUUUUGUCCGGCCCAUUUUUGGAGUUAUGUAUGUUUUUUUUCCAUUCUGUGGAAACAUUUGUAAUUGCAAUCAUUUUCUGGGAGAAAUUGAGCAUUAUCUGACAGAAUUGCAGGGGUGCCAUUACUUUUCGGCCAACAGUGUAGACUCACCAAAAUACUAAUAUCCAAAGUUUGGGAUGAUUUCCUACUUCAACAAAAAAGAAGACAAAGCUCAAUUGUUGUACCUCAUUAGAUUGUGUACCUAAUAAAGUGUCCAUGGAGAGCAUAAAGUGCGCCCGGUCCCAUCGGCACUUUGCUGUUUCGACAAAUGUGAAAUCGAGCGUUACAUAAUGACGCUUAGGCAGGGGGUGCGUACUGUGCUUGGGGGUGUACAUUUUUGCCCCCCUCAGCAAGAAUCCUAUCUGUUUGCCUGUAGGGGGGCGCGGGGGUGAGUCAUUUAAAACCAGGUGCUGCCUCAGCAGCCGCCGCCGGAGGACGUGGCAAAAUAAGUUUUAGGACUGCUUGUGACUGCACUUGCGGUAAAGCUCACGCCGCCUCAUCUAUGAUGUAUUUUAUUAAGUCCGAGGACGUUGUCUGUCGAGAUGGAACUCGACAGACGAACGCCUUUGCGAUAUUGUCUAGUGAAGAGAAGCUGCCGGCUGUUGCUCGGCGUCAUGGCGACAAACGUCUGAGUUGAAGCCCGUCCUUGGUUGACCAAGAAAUCUGGAAUUACAGAGUUUCUGUCAAGAGUUUUGGUAGUCAAGAACGAAACUGAAAAGGAGAUCAAGACCCUGUUUAUUUGGAAUUGAGUCUUAGACCAGACCAAGACUUUUAGAAUUGGUUCUUUGGAGAACGAGACCAAGACUGAGUCUUUUGGGACUUGAGACCAGACAAAACCUUCAAAAUUUGUCUUGAACCAAGACUGAGAUUGAAACCAAGACUAGGUUGUUUUGGGAAUCAAGUCCGAGUUCCGACCAAAGGGAUCAAAAUUUGUCUCCAACCAAGACGGGUCCUGAUGAUUUUGCUGAAAUCUACAAUUCAUGUUGAGAUUAGUUUUACCGAAGCUGGUCCUUGGUUGACAAAAAAUCUGGAAUUAUUGAGAUAAUGUCAAGAAUUUUGGUAGUCAAGAACCAAACUGAGGAGAUCAAGACUGUCUUUAUUGGGAAUUCAGUCCUAGAUCGGACUAAGACCGUUAAAAUUGAGUCUCUGGAGACAGAUACAAAAAAAGAACGAGACCAAGACUUGAGUCUUUUGGGACUCCAGACUAGGCAAGACCUUCAAAAGUGUGUCUUGGACCAAAACUGAGAUUAAAACCCAGACUAGGGGGAAUCGAGUCCUGAGUUCAGACCAGGAGGAUCAAAAUUUAUCUUGAACCAAGAUUGGUCCUGAUUAUUUUGUGGAAAUUUGCAAUUCAUGUUGAGAUUAGUUUUACAGGAGCUGGUCCUUGGUUGACCAAAAAAUCCGGAAUUAUUGAGGUAAUGUCAAGAGUUUUGUUAGUCAGGAAUGAAACCGAAAAGGAGAUUAAGACUGUGUUAAUGGGAGUUGAGUCCGAGAUCAGACCAAGACCUUUAAAAUUGAGUCCUUGGAGAACGAGACCAAGACUGAGUCUUUUGGGACUCGAGACCAGACAAAACCUUCAAAAUGUGUCUUGAACCAAGACUGAGAUUGAAACCAAGACUAGGUUUUUUUGGGAAUCAGGUCUGAGUUCCGACCAAGACGGAUCAAAAUUUGUCUCCAACCAAGACCGGUCCUGAUUAUUUUGCGGAAAUGUGCAAUUCAUGUUGACAUUAGUUUUACUGAAGCAGGUCCUUGGUUGACCCAAAAAUUGGGAAUCAUUGAGAUUACCUCAAGACUUUUGGUCAUCAAAACGAAACUGAAAAGGAGAUCAAGACUGUUUUUAUUGGGAAUCGAGUCCUAGAUCAGACCAAGCCCUUUAAAAUUGAGUCUCUGGAGACCGAGACGAAAAAAACGAGACCAAGACUUGAGUCGUUUAGGACUCCAGACCAGGCAAGACCUUCAAAAUGUAUCUUGAACCAAAACUGAAGUUAAAACCAAGACUAGGUCUUUUGGGAAUCAAGUCCCGAGUUCAGGCCAAGAGGAUCAAAAUUUGUCUCGAACCAAGACUGGUCUUGAAUAUUUUGCAGAAAUCUGCAAUUCAUGUUGACAUUAGUUUUACUGAAGCUCGUCCUUGGUUGACCCAAAAAUUCGGAAUCAUUGAGAUUACCGCAAGGCUUUUGGUUGUCAGAACGAAACUGAAAAGGAGAUCAAGACUGUGUUUAUUGGGAAUCGAGUCCUAGAUCAGACCAAGACCUUUAAAAUUGAGUCUCUGGAGACCGGGACAAAAAAAAAAAUGAGACCAAGACUUGAGUCAUUUGUGACUCGAGACCAGACAAGACCUUCAAAAUGUGUCUUGAACCAAGACUAGGUCUUUUAGGAAUCAAGUCCCGAGUUCAGACCAAGAGGAUCAAAAUUUGUCUCGAAUCAGGACCGGUCCAGGUUAUUUUGCUGAAAUCUGCAAUUCAUGUUGAGAAUAGUUUUGCCAAGCCGGAUGUCAAGAUUGAGGUCGUUAACUCGUUCUGGCACUAGCUGGAAGCCAUCAAAUGAAAAAAGUAGGGCUGUCAAACGAUUAAAAUUUUUAAUCGAGUUAAUCACAGCUUAAAAAUUAAUUAAUCGUAAUUAAUCGCAAUUCAAACCAUCUAUAAAAUAUGCUAUAUUUUCCUGUAAAUUAUUGUUGGAAUGGAAAGAUAAGACACAAGAUGGAUAUAUACAUUCAACAUACGGUACAUAAGUACUGUAUUUGUGUAUUAUAACAAUAAAUCAACAAGAUGGUAUUAACAUUAUUAACAUUCUGUUAAAGCGAUCCAUGGAUAGAAAGACUUGUAGUUCUUAAAAGACGAAUAUUAGUACAAGUUAUAGAAAUUUUAUAUUAAAACCCCUCUUAAUGUUUUCGUUUUAAUAAAAUUUGUAAAAUUUUCAAUAAAAAAAUAAACUAGUAGCCCGCCGUUGUUGAUGUCAAUAAUUACACAAUGCACAUGGGUGCUUAAGCCCAUAAAAUCAGUCGCACCCAAGCGCCAGCAGAGGGCGACAAAACUCCCAAAAACACAAGUAACAAGUGGACAUUGCACUUUGCUGUCAUUUUAAUCUGUUUGAGCGGGGCAUAUGCGUUAAUUGCGUCAAAUAUUUUAACGUGAUUAAUUUAAAAAAUUAAUUACCGCCCGUUACUGCGAUAAAUUUAACAGCCCUAGAAAAAACUGAAAUGAAAUCUAAUUUAGAUCAAUGAAAACUUGAAAAACUAAAUGAAUACAAAUUGUAACAACCACCGCUAGUGGCCCAAGAAUGAUCGUGGAAAAAACUGCUUUUUUCAUCAAAAUACAGGUCAAGUCAGUAAGUUUCCACUCUGUUUCUUGUGAGUAAGCCGGAUGUCCGUCUCCGGAUCGUCUGAGGAUAAUGUAUUCGCCGCGCUUUCCAAGUGGCAGCGCGUGAACACUUGACGAGCCAGAUGGCUGGCACUGGCAGAGAAGGUGCGAUGCGCGCCAUCAAUCAGGCUGAUGUUUCGCCGGAUGCCGAAUAUUUACAUCAUACGAAUCCGUGCUAUCUCGGCGUACAGACUGUUGGCUUUUAUGAGCGCCGGUGUCAUCGUCAAGCCAGGGCCGUUAAUGGAACGGACAAGCGUUAUAUCGUCCAAAACUAGCCGCUUGAAUGUGAAUUACGAGCGCCGUCGGAGCUAAUUGCGAUUUUAACAGAUCGAUAUUUCCUAAUGAACGGCCCCUCCCGCGGUCUGCUGCCGCAGAUGUCGGAGGGACGCGCGCGCCACCCGGUCGCUCCCUCCGUCACGCCUGUCAGCACCCUGGACGGCCGCCCCGGCCUGCGGAAGACGUGGGGGCCGCACACCGUGACAAGCAAACGGGGGGGAUGGAAGCCAGGAUCCAAUUGGGCGGGGAAGAAAUUGAAAUCUUUUUGAAAUGCUGCAUGUUAAAGACGGUUGCUUAUAGUAUUUACACUGCUGGCCAAAAGUGUUGGCACCCCUGCAAUUCUGUCAGAUAAUGCUCAAUUUCUCCCAGAAAAGGAUUGCAACUACAAAUGCUUAGGUAGUAACAAAUUCAUUUAUUUUGCUUGCAAUGAAAAAAAAAAAACACAAAAGCGAGUGAAAAAGAAAAAUUAUUGAACAAGACUGCGUUUAAAAAAACUGACACUGAAAGUAAAAUGAAGAAUAGGUGCGCUUUCAGAGCUACACAAUAAAAACUGUCAUGCCUUUAAGUCCUGUCACGUUGGUGCCCUAGUGUGUCUUGUCAUUGCCAUUUCACCUGUUUUGGCCUGCUUCUUGUGUCUUGACCCAUCUGCUUCCUCUCGUGUCACCCACCUGUGCCCCAUUGUCUCGUUACCUUGUCUGUGUAUUUAAGCUCCGACUUUCUGUUCAGUCCUGCUUGCGUCAUUGUCGUUUGCUGUCAAUCCAUGUGUCUUUUUGCGUGUUGGAUGUCAUUUUCCAAGCCCUCACGUUGAUUCUUCCCAAAGUAAGUUUUUGAUUUCUGGUUUUGUUUGAUCUCCCCUGGCCUUUUGUUUGUACUUUGUGUUUUUGUUCAGUAUCAUUAAACCAUUUUAAGAAAUACCAGUUAAGAACACCGGGGCUGUUGUAUGGAUGCUAUAUACUGUAUAAUCAUCUUCUUGGCUUUCUCCACUUUCUAAUCAUUUAUCUCCUACUCACCUUUUAGGUAGUGGUCUUUCCCUUAUCGUGGACUGAUUAUUAUCACUGUACUAUUAUGACUAUCCACUGAGGAUAAUCACUGAUGAUAAUCAUAGCUCAGAACUCAGCUCCUGUACUCAUCUGCAUAAAGUGAGAAAUACAGCUGAUGCUCCAGAAGGAAGUCACCCUAAAGAGAGCGGUAACAAGAUUGCACACUUAACUCUAGUAGGACCUUCACAAUGCAUUUCAGACUAACUAGCUAGCAGCAGCGAAGUAGCAGCGUUAUUUUAGAGCUGUGAUGUAACUUUUGACCGCAAAACAACAAAGGUAAGAUGUGCAGGGCCGAGAACCAAAAGUGGUAUUUGCCAUGUGCCAAAGGAAUUUUGACAUGUGGGAUUUUAUUUUGGU